UCCGCCUCAGCGCUACAGGAAGAAGAGGAUGCAGGCAGUGAGAGGUCUGUGUGUGGGGGGAAUGCGCGCGUGUUCUCCGCUUAAUCUUUAAAUUAUGGAGGUUCUGCAGGAUGCUGAGGGGGAAGCUCUCAAAUAUAAACCCGGGGGCCGCUUAGACAUGAGCCACGGGUUCCUGCAUCACAUCCGGAGGAAUCAGAUCGCGAGGGAUGAUUAUGAUAAGGAGGUGAAACAGGCUAAAGAGCAACAGAAGCGCAGACACACCACCGCCCCGCGUCGCCCCCGGAGACCCGACCGAGAGGUCUACCACCCCCGCCUCCGGAAUGGCUCUGAGCCGGGGGCUGGUGUAGAAGCAGAGGAAUGGAAUGAGAGCAGUUCCAGCACAGAGCAGGAGAGCACAGGCAGUGAGCUGUUCUGGCUUGACUAUCAAGCUGAUAGUGGCCAUGUAACCUCAUUUAUAGUCUACAAGGAGGAUGAGCCAGAAAACGUGGUUGAAAGGGUGGAGGAAAAGAACGUGCUGGAUGCUGCCAUGAGGGCAGCACUGUUGGCACGAAUCAGACAAGAAAUGGAUAAGCGCCGUGACAAACGCUGAGGUUUCGAAGGGGAAGCCAUGGUGGAUAGAUGGAAAUUAGGACUGUUGAAGUCUGAGAAGCAUUCACACCACUGAGCCUGACUUCAGCUAACGGUGUGAGGCAGAGGAAACAAGGAUGUUGUACAAUGAAGAUGGACACCUCCAUCUGUAAUGUAGAGAUAAUCCCAUAUCUUACAUGAGAUGAGUUGUAAUCUGUUGCUAGUAUGGUACAAGUGACGUGAUGCAAACACUCUCAAAACAGUCAGUGACUGUCUGAAUUAUCAUUAGCACUCAGGUCAGCGGUCACAUCUCAACCAGCUGCCUGCAGAAUGCGUCUGGAAGGAGAGCGUGUUCUUAUGCAGAGACUGCUGAUGUGAAAAGGUUUCAUCGUUUUGUACAGUUUAUUGGACAGCGGACAUGCCAGCCUGGUAACGCUUUACUGUAGGGCACCAGACAUUAGGAAACAUGACCAGUACAGCUUUUCCUAACUAAUAUAAACUUACAUAAACAUUUAUAAAGGUUCCUUCAAACAAGCUUCAAAUGUCCAAAUGUUCUGGAAUUUAUUCACCAAUAUUAUAAUAUAUAAACUAAAUUUAUGACAACAGGCACUGGUUGUACUGCUUUUAUAUUUGUUUAUAUAAGUUAUUUGCUGUAUAAAAGGCUUAUGUGGGAGUCAUUUAGCCUAUAUUAUGGACCUCUACAGUAAAGUGUUACGAAGUCUUUAUAAUGUUUAGCUCUGGAUCAGAUGCAAAAAGAAACCAUUUAAAUGUCUUUUAAAUCAUAGUAACUAUGGGUCAAUAAACACACACUGAUUUUUCACCUUAAAAGUAAUAUUACUGUGGAAAGUGGAAUCUUCACAAGUUUCAACCAAUCAGGUAAUGUCAAAGUUUGUUUCUUUAGUUUUGAGCUAGUGAUUGGUGAUCAGCUAUGUUUUGCUUUUUUUUUUUUUUUUUUUUUUUUUAGCUUAAAUGCAGUAAAGAUUAAAAAUAUGUUAAAAAAAUAUAUAUAUAUAUUCCUUUAAUGUGCUAAUAUCAGAAUAACACAAAUGGUUCAGGCUGAUUGAAGACUGAUUAAUUGGUUGUCUUGUCCCGUAACUGACAUACAUCUCUUUCACUAAAUAUAUCAUUAUAUUUUGUUAUUUUUAUAAGACAGGUUACAUCUCAGAUCUUGUUAAAGGUCUAUUUAUUGUUAAUGAUGGUCUCGUAUUUCUGGAUGUUUAGUUUUGUUCUUGUCAUGCCUUCUUUCAGUUGAAGAAAAUUUUAUUUUUGUAACCAUGUUCUCUGUGAUUAGGGAUAAAGUAAAGUAUGCCAAAAAAACUGCUUGUGAUUGUAUGUUACUGUUACUCUGAGAUUAAAGAUUACUCUAAGACUCUA